CUCUCUUUGCAACUGUUGAAGGCAGCAUUAUUGGAGUUCAAGUCGCCGCCACCGCCGCUGCUAGCUCGUCAAUCUACGUCGCAUCAUGGCUCGAAAAGGACCACAAAAGCCUGCUUUGAAGCAACAGCAAAAGCAAUCCCCGCAGAUGAAAAAGGUGGCAGUUGUUGCUGUGUCUCGAGGGAGCGACGGCGACACCGAGGAAAGUGAUGACGCAGACGACGAUGAAGACGACGAUGACGAUGAAGAAGACGAUGAUGAUGAAGAAGACGAUGAUGAUGAUGAAGACGGUGACGAUGAAGGCGAUGACGAAGAAGAAGACGAGGAUGACGAAGAUGAUGAUGGGUUCGAAGACCAAGGCUCAUCAUCCGACGACAACCACAGUGACGAUGAAGACGUAUCCGACGACGAAAAGACCACUCGCCUCUUUGUUGAAUCACGCGAGAAGCAGUUGCAGCGCAUGCGCGAGGACGGCUCUUUGAAAGUUGCAUCCCACCUGCAUAUCGACGACUUAUCUUCGGACGACGAGGAAGCGCACAACACAAUCGGCAACGUGCCUCUUCGCUGGUACGAAGAGUACGACCACAUCGGGUACACUGUCGAUGGCCAAAAGAUUAUCAAACAGAACAAGUCGGACGGCAUCGACGACGCGAUUGCGGCCAAGGACGACCCCAACUACAGUCGCACUGUCUACGAUGCCUACAACGAUCGCAAGGUUGUAUUGACGGACCGCGAGUUGGAGAUCAUCCGGCGCAUGCAGUCGGGCGCUUUUGCCCACCCCGAGUUCGACGCUCAUGCGGAUUUGGUCGAAGUGUUCACGUCGGAGAAGAUGAUCCACUCGCUCGGGAACGAUCAAGAGCCCAAGAGCCGCUUCGUUCCAUCCAAGUGGGAAAAGAUGAAGGUGCUCAAGAUCAUGAAGGGCAUUCGAGAAGGCCGCAUCCAGGUCGACAAGAAACCAGACGACAAGCCGGACGUGUUCCAGAUGUGGUUUGACGACGACCAAGAAGCUGUCGCUCGCAAGGGGCCUGCCCAUGUUCAGGCGCCCAAGAUGAUCCUGCCCGGUCACGCCGAGUCGUACAACCCCCCGGAGGAAUAUUUAUUCACGGAGGAAGAGAAGCGAGCAUGGCUCGAAAUGGAUCCGUCCGACCGCGAGCUUAAUUUCAUUCCGCAAAAGUUCAACUCGCUCCGCGACGUGUGCGGGUACUCGAACUUUGUUCGCGAACGCUUUGAGCGGUGCUUGGACUUAUAUCUCUGCCCGCGUGUCAACAAGCGUCGACUAAACAUCGAUCCCGAAAGUCUCGUACCACAGCUGCCGAAACCCCGCGACCUCCGGCCCUUCCCCAACACGCUCGCGCUUCUCUUCAAUGGCCACACUGGUCGCGUCCGGUCUCUGUCGAUGGAUCCGUUGGGCCAGUACUUGGUCUCGGGGUCGGAAGAUCACACGGUGCGCCUGUGGGAAGUUGAAACGGGCCGGUGUUUGCACACAUGGAAUGUUGGCGCAGUCGUGAUCAAGGUCGAGUGGUGCCCGAACAAGGAUCAUCACGUUGUCGCGGUCGCGGCCUCCAAGAAGAUGCUGCUCCUUGCGACUGGCACUGGAAACGGCGACGAAACGGACAUCACCAACGCCUUGUUUGAUGGCGACGAAUCCAACUCGGACCCGCUUGCAGACGUCGACGUGGAAGAGGAAGAUCCUUCCGUGACGGUGGUCGACACCGCCGAAGCCGACAUUGACGAUGCCGCCCGCAAGGCCCGAAUGCCAGUCAAGUGGACGUAUCAUGCAGGCAAGGGCCGCAACGGUCGCGGCGUGCGCGCGGUGUUGCAUCACAGCGGGGCCGUCACGGACGUGGCAUGGCACUACAAGGGCGACUACCUCGCGACGGUCGUUCCCGCAGCCGACUCGUCGUCCGUGCUGAUCCAUCAAUUGUCCAAGCGGACAUCGCAGAACCCGUUCUCGAAGAAACUCGGUGUCAUCCAGGCCGUGUCAUUCCAUCCGACCAAGCCGUUUUUCUUCCUCGCGACGCAGACGCAUGUUCGCGUGUACAACUUGGUCCAGCAAGCAAUGGUGAAGAAGCUCAGCAGCGGCGUGAAGUGGAUCUCGUGCCUGCAUGUCCACCCAACGGGCGACCACGUCGUCGUGGGCAGCUACGAUCGUCGUCUGUGCUGGUUUGACUUGGAUCUGAGCUCGACGCCGUUCAAGACGCUCAAGUACCACGAAAAGGCCACUCGCGCCGUUGGCUUCCACAAGAGAUAUCCGUUGAUGGCGUCUGCAUCCGAUGACGGCACGAUCCACAUCUUCCACGCGAUGGUGUACUCGGACCUGAUCAAGAACCCGCUCAUUGUCCCGCUCAAGAUCUUGCGUGGCCACGAAGUCACGGGCGGCCUGGGAGUCAUGGCCCUCGCGUUCCACCCCACCUUGCCUUGGAUUGCAAGCGGCGGUGCGGACAAUACGAUUCGUGUCUUCCAGAAUAUUCACUAACACUGGCCUAAUGGUAUUAUGUACUCGAUGUCGAUGGGGUCCGAUCGAAGGAGGAUUGA